AUGGCUCCCAACAAAUCAAGCGACGGCGAGACGAAGGAUGGAUAUUCAGGCGAGAUGGAAACUUCCACCGACGUUGCCUCUUCUCUGCUUGGGAAGCGGAAGGUCGAAUUCUCCACCCCGGAGGAUUCCAGUGAAAGCGAAGGCGUCGAGGAAGAUGUGGAGGAUAGUGAUUCCGAUUGGGACAAGGAUAGCUUCGAUGGCGUAGAAUAUCAGCCCUCUGAUGAUGAUGGGGAGUAUUCGGAUGAGGAAUUUCAUCAAAAAUGCGUUUGUUACCGUCGUGCAGUCAUCGAAACCAAGGGUUUCUUUGAGGAAUCGGACGAUUUCCCAGCUUUCCUAUGGUCUGGAAUUGCUCCAGUCCCGGAUCUGGAUGAAGAAUUUGAUGAAAGCAUGACCACUCGUGAGUUUAUCGGAAACAUGGCGUCUGUUUGUGUGGAGAAAUAUAACAAACGAAACGACAAGAAUCUGAAAUACGAGCGUGUCUUGAGGGCUAAUUUCAACCCUGGAGGCAGGACAACGUACUACAUCACCAUUGCUGCGAGAGAGUCUGACUCUCCUAGUGCACCUCUUGUGGAAUAUCAAGCUAAGGUCAUUUGGUGUGCAGGCGAGACGUAUCCCAUCCUUUGCAGACCAAGUCCUUCACCGGUGAAAAAGGUUGAAGGGGAUGGAAGAUAUCAACUGAAAGAGGUAGACAAGGUGAAGGAAGAGAUCGGGCGAAGAAUUUCAUAA